AUGGAUAACAAUUCGGAUAGACGUCUCUCUUCCCACAUUCCGUAUCAAGGUCCCAUUGAAUACGGGAAUGCGGGACUCCAUGUGUCGAAAGAUAUUAUAAAUCUCCAGAAAGUAAGUUUCUAUUAUGUUCUAAACAUUCAAUGUACUUUUUUUCAGCUGGUGGUAUAUUGUACUGGACCUGAUUCUUUUUUCGACAUCGCUUCUUCGACAUUACAGCCGGACGUUCAGCAAGCUUCGCCACCGUUGUUUCCAACAUCGCAUCCGAAUAUUCAGCAUAAUGCGGCCUUUUCUACCCUACUGACACCAGCAAGUUGGCUGAAUCCUACGCUCAUUUCUCAGCCACCAGUGCCUUCUACUCUUGUCGCUUGGUCAGCUCCUCUUCCGGAUUUCUCCACUGAUUCGCCAAUGUCUCCCACUUCCCCUUUACCGUCUCCUUCUCCGCAACGAAUUCUGAAGCCCUCGGAGAUUCAACCGGUGAAGAGCUGGUUCAUGAAAAUGGAAGACGGGUCUGAAGAGCCCGACCCUGACGCAUAUGACGCUGCUGGUUUUGGAUGGGUUGGUGCCGAUCAUCCAACUCGUGCGGCUUGGAGUCAAUACGUGAAUACGAGCCACGAUUGGUCGAAGAUUAUGGAUGAACACAUUGAAAUCGCGAAUCGCAGGAAUCCAAAUAAGUGGACGGAAAAAAAACGGCACAGGCACGAUCUCGCUCCCAGAUGUCGCUCGCGGAGCCGUUCAAGGAGCCGCUCGCGUAGUCGCAGCCGUACCCGCUCCCGCUCUCGCUCCCAAUCUCGGCCCAACUCUCGCAAUUAAUAUUUCCGCUUCUUAAUUUCUGUCUCCCCUUUCCCAAAAAUUGAAAACAUGCCUUUGAAUAACGUGUAUCUGAUACAUAUGUCUGUUUUUCUUUCAACCCUGUAUCGUUGUGUUUCCACGUCCCCAUGUUUUGUUGAACAACUUUACAUAUAUCCGAACAUUGCUAAGGGAUUCUUAUAUCGAUAAAAUAAAUGGAUAAACUGAAAAUUAGUCGCUAGCUUGUUGUUCGUCUUGAAUGUCGUUCGAAAGAACAUCAAGUCGUUCAAACAGAAAGUUGUUCCAUCCAUUCCAAAGACAAGCGAAUCCAUGAUUUGUUGAAAGUUUUCCGGUGCUGUCUCCACUCCAAAUGGCAUGUGUUGUGUGUGUGUGCCCACAGGCUGAAAUUAUGGAAUAAGGGGAAAAUUUUUACAGAAAUACACACACUCACCUUAAAUUCGACGGACAUUGUCCUCGAUAUUGAAUUCUUCCAAGCAAACUUGACAGUUUCUGCCGGAAUCCACAGGGUUCUCUGCCAAACGUGAUCGUUUUGAAGUCCAAACAAAAUUUUAGUUAUUUUGUCUGCUCAUUUCACGUUCUCUGGAUUACUUUCCAAUAGUACUGCAAAACAUAUGAAUUCUAAUUUUAUGACAAAUGAGUGUAUCACUCAUCAAUUGAAAACGCCUUUCAGCCGACAACGCAAACACCAUCAUUAUCAGGUGUUGUUAUCAGUUGGUGGGCAUUACUUUCCUUCUUCCUUUUCCGAUUCGAACCUAAAUUGAAGAUGGAAGCAUUGCAAACUGACCCUAUUUCUUCUUGGAGUGAAAAACAGAAACCGAUGAAUCCAAGUGGAACGACAUUUUCUGUUAAUGUGAGUAAACUUGUUGACACUGAAAAAAUGACCGGCUAAUUCAGUUUAUGGGCUAUGUUCCUUUACCGAAUUCGAUUAUGAACAAGUCACAAGGAGAAAAAGACGCAUUAGUGAGGUGAAUUACACGUUUUUUCCAAUGUCUUCAUAAAUUCAUUCAUUCAAGAUUUCUCGUUAAUACUGUUGUAACAUCAAGGAUGACUAUGGAGUACGCAAACUUGCUCGCUCGACAGGUUACACUCGUCAGCAAACAUUUUGCAAAAUUUUUCAUUUAGGAAGUUGAGCCAUUUGUUAGUGUAGAUUCGUUAGAGGUGUUUCUGAAUGUUUCCAACAACACCAUCACCUUCUUCCACAUUUAUAAUGGAAAACAUUAUUUACUUGGACGAUAUAUGAACAACAAUGUUUCUUAUUACAAUCAUGUUAUUAUUGUAAGUUACAAAAUUGUUUGGUGAUAAUGUGAUUCUAUUUGUGUAUACGUCUUUUUUCAGGAUGACCAGUACUAUUUGGGAAUAGUGAUGGUGAAGAGGUCUCAAGAACAUAAAAGAGAAUGUAAUGUGAUAAAAUUGGCGAAUAAACAGGCUCUUCGUGAAUUGAAAGAGAAAUUUGAUUGUAUUCACAAUCUAAACCACACCCCAGUUCAAAAAUUGGAACCACGAUUGGUUAGUUGCUGUCUUCAUCGAAAUUUCGAGGAAAUGAUUGAAUACUUUUAGCGUUCAACCCAAGAUUACGAGUACAAGAUUCCAAUGCUUGCCUGUUUUCAUGGUAAAAUUUCACACGAAACAGCAUGUCUGAGAUUGUCCCAACCGGGAGACUUUCUCAUCAGGUUUUCGUUCUAUAUCAAACAUUCUAAAACGAUUCAUCUUUUAGAGAAAGUAUGUCGAAACCCGGCACAUUUGCAAUGUCAUUCCGUCAAGCAGGACCCCGAAACUUCUCGACGACUUUUGUACCAGACAAUUCUAUACAUUUUUUUAAAAAUUUUCAAAUUGUGGACAGUCCAGCUAAAAAUUCCGUAAGAAAACUACAGUACUAUCACUGAAACUUUCAUGUAAACCUUCUUGUUCCCGAAAAAUAAUCAAUAAUUCAUAUAAUAAAAGUUUUAGCUGACACAACCACAAUUUGGUCCUUUGCAAAGCAAACGGAAUUAGGACACGUAACUGUCACGUAUUCUAAGGGACCAUGA